AAAAUGAAGCAGAUCAGUUAUUUCAACAUUACUUUUUUUUUCUCAUCUUCCACUUUCACUCUCACAACAUCCAAAUCAUCCAAUUCCCAAUUGCUACUCUAUCCAAAUCUUUUUUCAAAAAGAAACUCGUUUUUUUCGUUAUUUAAUCCAAUUCUUGCUUAUCCUUUUCGACUAUCAAUAUUCUUUUUUACACACCCUUUUUUUUCUCUAAUUGAAACAAUUGACUACACACAAACAUGACAAUCACAAAUAACACAACUGGCUGGACUGUUCAAGAAUGGAAAAAAUUUCAUUCGGAAUCAACUCCCGAUCAUUCCUAUCAAGUGCUAUCAGACUUGUUAUCUUCUUUAGCAGUCGCUCCUGCCGAUCCUGCCUGGAUAUCUAUUUGCACCAAGUCUGAAUUGAAACAUCAGUGGGCAAUUUUACAAUCAAAAUCAGACAAACACAAAUUGCCUCUAUAUGGUGUUCCUGUGGCCAUAAAGGACAAUAUCGAUGUCAAGGACUUUGAAACAACUGCUGCCUGUCCAAGUUUCAAAUACUCUCCAGAACGCGAUUCCACUGUUGCCAAAUUGCUAAAGAACGCUGGUGCCAUCAUCAUCGGCAAAACAAAUUUGGACCAGUUUGCCACCGGCUUGGUUGGCACCAGAUCUCCCUACGGAAAGACUCCCUGUGUGUUUAGUGACCAGCACGUCUCCGGCGGCUCUUCUGCUGGUUCUGCUUCGGUUGUUGCCAGAGGCCUCGUUCCGCUAGCAUUGGGCACUGAUACUGCAGGCUCCGGCAGAGUUCCUGCAAUGUUGAACAACCUCAUUGGUCUAAAACCCUCCAGAGGCUUACUAAGCUGUUCGGGUGUGGUUCCGGCGUGCAAAUCCUUGGAUUGUGUUUCCAUCUUCUCAACCAACAUCUCUGAUGCUCAAUUGGCCUUAGAUAUCUUAGCUCAACCAGACACAGAAAACGACCAAUACUCCUCCUCCUUUCCCUCCAAUCCUUUACUCAAAUUCCCAACAACUGCUCAUUCUCCUUUGAAAAUCGCUGUUCCAUCAGAAUUACCUUGGUAUGGUGAAGUUGAAAACGAAUUAUUGUACAAAAACGCUAUACUAGAUUUCAAAAAUAAUCUCAAUUGCCAAAUUGACUCAAUUGACUUUGCUCCUCUUCUCGAACUAGCAAAAUGUCUUUACGAAGGUCCCUGGGUUGUUGAAAGAUAUGUUGCAACAAAGGAGUUUUUCCAAUCAAACCCUCCUUCUGAAUCCAUCGACCCUGCUGUUUCCUCAAUCAUUGCUUCUUCAAAAAAAUUUACCGCCGAAGACUGUUUCAAUUUCGAAUAUAAACGUCAAGCAAUUUUACAAAAAGUCAAUCAAAUUAUCUCGAAAUACCCUGUCUUGAUUGUUCCAACUGCUCCAUUGAAUCCAACUUUUGACCAAAUCGCUCAACAACCAAUUCAAGUCAAUUCUCAACAAGGUACUUGGACUAAUUUUGUCAACUUGGCCGACCUAUCUGCUUUAUCUAUUCCCACUGGUUUCAAAAUCAAUGGUUUGCCCUUUGGCAUAACUCUAAUUUCUCAAAAAUUUAAUGAUUAUGCUCUACUAAACUUGGCCAGUCAAUACUUAAGCGCUCUCCAUCCAAACAGAUUCAUUGGAUCCCUCAAGCAUAAAUUAAUCGGCGACGCUGAUAAACUAAUCUCAAAUAUCCCUAAACCAGAUCUAUCUAAAUCAAUUAAAUUGGCCGUUGUUGGUGCUCAUUUAACUGGCUUUGAAUUACACUGGCAAUUGGAAAUCUGUAAUGCUUCCUUUAUCGCUGAAACUAAAUCUUCAUCAAACUACAAACUCUACGCCUUGCCCAAAACUGGUCCAGUAGCAAAACCCGGCUUAAGGAGAGUAGGCCCCACUGAAAGUGGUAAAGAAAUCACUCUUGAAAUUUAUUCCGUUCCAAUUGAAAAUUUCGGAAAGUUCAUCUCUUUAGUCCCUGAACCUUUAGGUAUUGGCUCAGUUGAAUUAAAGUCCGGUGAAUGGGUCAAAUCUUUCAUUUGUGAAGAAAUCGGCUAUCUACAAAAGGGCACUAAGGAUAUCACAGAAUAUGGUGGCUGGAGAAACUAUAUUGAAUCAACUCAAGCCUUAUCUAAAGCUAAAAAGAAACCAUUUGAAACUGUUUUAGUUGCAAACAGAGGGGAAAUUGCUGUGAGAAUUAUCAAAUCUUUGAAAAAAUUAGGUAUUCAAUCUGUAGCUGUUUACUCUGAUCUUGAUAAAUACGCUCAACAUGUUGAUGAUGCUGAUAUCGCUGUAUCAUUACAUGGCACAACCGCCGCUGAAACUUAUCUCUCCAUUGAUAAAAUCAUCAAAGCAGCAAAAUCAACCAACUCCCAAGCCAUUAUUCCUGGUUAUGGCUUUCUCUCCGAAAAUGCAGAUUUUGCUGAUAGAUGCGCUCAGGAAAAUAUCGUUUUUGUCGGUCCAUCCUCAAAUGCUAUCAGAAAACUAGGUUUAAAGCACUCAGCCAGAGCGAUUGCCGAACAAGCUAAUGUUCCUUUGGCACCAGGUUCUGGCUUAGUUAAAACUGCUGAAGAAGCAGCUUCAAUUGCUGAAAAAUUAGAAUAUCCUGUCAUGGUCAAAUCUACUGCCGGUGGUGGUGGUAUUGGUUUGCAAAAAGUCGAUUCGCCAAAAGAUAUUAAAAGAGUCUUUGAAACUGUUCAACAUCAAGCUAAAUCCUACUUUGGUGAUUCGGGUGUUUUUUUGGAAAGAUUCGUUGAAAAUGCAAGACAUGUUGAAGUUCAAAUUUUAGGUGAUGGUUACGGAAAAGCCAUCGCUGUUGGUGAACGUGAUUGUUCUUUGCAACGUCGUAACCAAAAGGUUAUUGAAGAAACUCCGGCUCCAAGAUUACCUGAAAGUACUAGACAAAAGAUGAGAAAAGCUGCUGAACAAUUAGCCUCUAUUUUGAACUAUAAAUGUGCGGGUACUGUUGAAUUUAUCUACGACGAGAAAAGAGAUGAGUUCUAUUUUCUCGAAGUUAAUACUCGUUUACAAGUCGAACAUCCAAUUACAGAAAUGGUCACUGGCUUGGAUUUAGUUGAAUGGAUGAUUUUUAUUGCAGCAGAUAUGCCUCCUGACUUUAGUCAAAAAAUCGUCGUUACUGGUGCCUCAAUGGAAGCAAGACUUUAUGCAGAAAACCCAGUAAAAAGCUUCCAACCAUCUCCAGGUCAAUUAACAGACGUUACCUUUCCUGAAUGGGCUAGAGUUGACACUUGGGUUAAAAAGGGCACCAUUAUUUCUUCAGAAUAUGACCCAACAUUAGCUAAAAUCAUUGUUCAUGGAAAAGAUCGUAACGAAUGUUUGCAAAAAUUACGCCAAGCUUUAGAUGAAACCAUUGUCUAUGGUUGUAUCACAAAUGUUGACUAUUUAAGAUCAAUUGCCAAUUCUCAAAUGUUUGCUGAAGCGAAAGUUGCGACAAAAGUUUUAGAUAGCUUUGAUUAUAGUGCCCAUGCUUUUGAAAUUCUUUCUCCUGGUGCUUACACAACUGUUCAAGAUUAUCCUGGUAGAGUGGGUUUGUGGAGAAUCGGUGUCCCUCCUUCUGGUCCAAUGGACAAUUAUUCUUUCCGUAUUGCCAAUAGAAUUGUUGGAAAUUCUAAAAAAUCUCCUGCUAUUGAAAUUACUCUUAGUGGUCCAACUAUUUUAUUCCAUAAUGAGACUGUCAUUUCUGUCACUGGUGGUAAUGUUUCUGUUGAAGUGAAUGACGAGGUUAAAUCUAUGUGGGAACCUACCAAUAUCAAAAGAGGUGACAAACUAACUAUCGGAAAACUAACAACUGGUUGCAGAUCAUAUUUAGCUAUAAGAGGCGGUAUUGAUGUGACAGAAUAUCUUGGAUCUAGAUCAACAUUUGCUUUAGGUAAUCUUGGUGGUUACAAUGGUAGAGUGUUAAAACUUGGUGAUGUUUUGUUCUUAGGAAGUCAGCAUGAAAGUGCUGUGGGAACUUUGCCUACACCUGAUGCUGCACCAUCAUCAGUUCCAUCAAAUCUUAUUUUAGAUCUUCCAGCAAAAGAAUGGACUGUAGGUGUAACUUGUGGUCCUCAUGGAGCCCCAGAUUUUUUCAAACCAGAAUAUAUUGACACCUUUUUCAAAGACCAAUGGAAAAUUCAUUAUAAUUCAAACAGAUUUGGCGUCAGAUUAAUUGGUCCAAAACCAGUCUGGGCAAGACCAGAUGGUGGAGAAGCUGGUUUACAUCCAUCUAACACACAUGAUUAUGUUUAUUCUAUGGGAGCUAUUAAUUUCACUGGUGAUGAGCCAGUCAUUUUAACUGUUGAUGGUCCUUCACUAGGUGGUUUUGUCUGUGCUGCUGUUGUUGCAGAAUCAGAAAUGUGGAAAAUUGGACAAGUUAAACCUGGCGAUCUUGUCAGAUUUGUUCCAAUUUCUUAUGAUACUGCUAGAAAACUAAAAGAAACUCAAGAUAAAUGUAUUGAAGACUUAUCAGGUAAACUUCCAACCUUAAACAAAGAUAACGUUCUUUCCAAGCCUGAAAAUCCUGUUCUUGCUGAAUUACCAGCAACCAAUAAGAAUCCAAGGGUGAUCUACCGCCAAGCUGGUGACCACUAUAUUCUUGUUGAGUAUGGUGUCAAUGAGUUGGAUUUGAAUUUAAGUUACAGAAUCAAUCGUUUAACUAACAUGGUUGAACAAAAUAAAACAGUUGGAAUUGUUGAAUUAUCUCAGGGUGUCAGAUCUGUUUUAGUUGAAUAUAAUGGUUAUGAAGCUUCUCAAUCACAAAUUUUAGAAACAUUAAUUGCAUAUGAAAAAGAAAUGCUUAGUUUUACCAAAUGGAAGGUUCCUUCAAAGAUUUUCAGAUUACCCAUGGCUUUUGAAGAUAAAAAAACAUUGGCUGCUGUUACUCGUUAUCAAGAAACAAUUCGCUCCAAUGCUCCAUGGUUACCUAAUAAUGUUGAUUUUAUUGCAAGUGUUAAUAAUAUUAACCGUUCUGAUGUUAAGGACAUGCUUUAUUCAGCUAGAUUUUUGGUUCUAGGUCUUGGUGAUGUGUUCCUUGGAGCUCCUUGUGCAGUCCCUUUGGAUCCACGUCAAAGAUAUUUAGGAACCAAAUACAAUCCUUCUCGUACAUUUACCCCAAAUGGUACGGUUGGUAUUGGUGGUAUGUACAUGUGUAUUUAUACAAUGGAGUCACCAGGUGGUUAUCAAUUAGUUGGUAGAACAAUUCCAAUAUGGGAUAAACUUUCUCUAGGUGCUCACAGCACAAGUCCAUGGUUAUUAACUCCAUUUGAUCAAGUUGAAUUCUAUCCGGUCACCGAAGAACAAAUAGAUAUCAUGAGUGAUGAAGCCAGUCAAGGUCGUUUCAAGGUCGACAUAGUUGAAAGUGUAUUUGAUCAUGGAAAGUAUCUUGAAUGGGUUCAAGAAAACAUAGAUUCAAUAAAGGAGUUCCAAGAUAAUCAAGGUGGUGAAAAAAUGCAAGAGUUUAGCAGAUUGAUUCAAAUUGCAAAUGCUGAAUUAGAAAAGUCUGGUGGUCCAAAAAAUCUUGAAGAAGAAAAAUUUCCAGAAGGAGCUGAAAUGGUAUACUCUGAAUAUUCAGGAAGGUUUUGGAAACCUUUGGUUCAAGUUGGUGAUGAAGUCAAAGAAGGACAAGGUCUUAUUGUUGUUGAGGCAAUGAAAACAGAAAUGGUUGUGAAUUCACCAAAAGCAGGUAAAGUUUUCAAAAUUGUUCAUGAAAAUGGUGAUAUGGUGGAAGCUGGUGAUCUUGUUGUUGUGGUAGAAUGAAUAAUUUAAGGAUCUUUAUUUACUACCAAUUUAUAUUUUAUUUUAUUUUAUUUUAUUUUAUGUAUUUGUUUUAUGUAUUUGUUUUAUUUUUUUAACUUUUAGUUGAAUAAUUUUUUGGGAU